CAGUAGCCGCCGCGCGUCUCUAGCUGCUCACACUGUACAGACUGCCAGGCAGCCGCGAUCCAGGGCUGGAACCUGAGUCCACCCCGCUUUCUCCACCACGACUCGGGGCUUCCAGAAAGACCAAGCGUUAGCCGCUUCUGAACGCUGGGGCCCCCACCCUCCUCCUCUUCCUCCUCUUUCUCGUCCCCCUCUCGUCGGGAAGCGAAGCUGGUGCUUAUUUCUGUAGGCGCCACAGAUCGCUCUGCAAACCCAAGCGGAGGACCUGCGAAUGAAUCUCGGAGACCAGAGGAUCCUUGCUGGCGGCUCUUUCUAAUAACACUUUACCUGAAGUGGGGUCGUGGUGGAGUUUGCCCUCCGCCUCUCGAUGCAAACAUUAUGCGGAGAGCAGUCAUCUUCCCUGCGCUGUGCCUGCUUCUUAAUCUUCACGCUGCAGGAUGCUAUUCUGGAGACAGUGACCACCUUUUGGCAAUCCAUCAGAAGAGCAGGAAGCCAGCCUUUAUUUAUCACCAUUCACAAGACAUUGAAAAGAGUCUGGAUAUAGCGCCACAAAAGAUCUAUAAGCACAACUACCGAUCUUCCCAUGCUCAAAUAAGCAAACGCCAUCAAAUUGUUAAUUCAGCAUUUCCUAGACCUGCAUAUGACCCAUCUCUUAAUCUGUUGGCUUUGGCUGGUCAGGAUCUUGAAGUAGAAAAUCUUCCAAUCCCAGCAGCAAAUGUAAUUGUGGUGACACUGCAAAUGGAAGUAAAUAAGCUGAACAUAACUUUGCUUCAAAUAUUCCGCCAAGGAGUGGCAGCCGCGUUAGGAAUCUUACCCCAGCAAGUGCACAUCAAUCGUCUCAUUGAAACGAAGAACAGCAUUGAGCUCUUCGUGUCUCCCGUCAACAGAAAAGCAGGCAUUCCAGACGCCCUGCCCGCUGAGGAGGUGCUGCGUUCACUUAAUAUCAAUGUUUUGCAUCAAAGUUUAUCCCAGUUUGGAAUUACAGAAGUCUCUCCUGAGAAAAAUGUUUUGCAAGGGCAGCAUGAAGCGGACAAAAUCUGGAGCAAAGAAGGAUUUUAUGCUGUUGUCAUUUUUCUCAGCAUCUUUGUUAUUAUAGUAACGUGUUUGAUGAUUCUUUACAGAUUAAAAGAAAAAUUUCAGCGUUCCUUGAGACAAGAUAAAGAGAAAAACCAGGAAAUCCACCUUUCACCCAUUGCCCUACAGCCCACACAGUCAGAGGCAAAGACGGUCAACAGCAUGGUCCAGCCUGAGCAGGCGCCGAAGGCACUGGACGUGGUGGUCGAUCCUCAAGGCCGACACACUCCUGAAAUCAAAGCCACUACCUCGGUCUGCCCUUCUCCUUUCAAAAUGAAACCCAUAGGACUUCAGGAGAGACGAGGGUCCAACGUAUCUCUUACACUGGACAUGACUAGCUUGGGGAAUGUUGAACCAUUUGUGGCUAUACCAACCCCACGGGAGAAAGUCGCAAUGGAGUACCUGCAGUCAGCCAGCCGAAUCCUCACAAGGUCACAGCUGAGGGACGUCGUGGCAAGUUCACAUUUACUCCAAAGUGAAUUCAUGGAAAUUCCAAUGAACUUUGUGGAUCCCAAAGAAAUUGACAUUCCACGCCAUGGAACUAAAAAUCGCUAUAAGACCAUUUUGCCUAAUCCCCUCAGCAGAGUGUGUUUAAAGUCCAAAAAUGUAACUGAUUCUUUGAGCACCUACAUUAAUGCUAAUUAUAUCAGGGGCUACGGUGGCAAAGAGAAAGCAUUCAUCGCCACACAGGGCCCCAUGAUCAACACCGUGAAUGAUUUCUGGCAGAUGGUUUGGCAGGAAGACAGUCCUGUGAUAGUUAUGAUCACAAAACUCAAGGAAAAAAAUGAGAAAUGUGUAUUAUACUGGCCAGAAAAGAGAGGGAUUUAUGGGAAAGUUGAGGUCCUGGUUAUCAGCGUUCAUGAAUGUGAUAACUACACUAUUCGAAACCUUGUCUUAAAGCAAGGAAGUCACACCCAACAUGUGAAACAUUACUGGUACACCUCAUGGCCUGAUCACAAGACUCCAGACAGUGCCCAGCCCCUUCUACAGCUCAUGCUGGAUGUACAAGAAGACAGGCCUGCCUCCACAGGUCGAGGGCCGGUGGUUGUCCACUGCAGUGCAGGGAUUGGUAGAACAGGCUGUUUUAUUGCUACUUCCAUUGGUUGUCAACAGUUGAAAGAAGAAGGAGUUGUUGAUGUACUAAGCAUUGUCUGUCAGCUUCGUGUAGACAGGGGUGGAAUGGUCCAGACCAGUGAGCAGUAUGAAUUUGUGCACCAUGCUCUGUGCUUGUAUGAGAGCAGACUUUCCACAGAAACUGUCCAGUGAUUCUCUGAAGCUUACCAGACCAUUAUUCUCUAGGGGUGAUGAAUCAAUUGCCCAUUUGAGGCUUCUGGAAGAACCUUCCUGCAAUGGAAGAAAAGAGAAGUCUUGAAGCCAAGGUGUGGCAUGGAUUGUGGAAAACCUGGCAACAUAUACAGAUUGCCAGCCCCUUGUGUAUAUGAAUGUGUUUGUAAGCAUCCCUUAAAUUAUUUUGAAGGUCCUACACUGAUCGGGAUAUGAUAGAUUUCUCACACUGUCAGAGGUGGAUUUUGUUUUGUCUGUAUUGACUAUCUGCCUCACAGAAUGUAUGUAUGAAAUACUCAGUGAUGUGUCCUCAGAUGAUGACAGAAAAGCUGCUGAAGAAAUUAUUACUGUGUUUUAGAUGCUUUAAUGUUUGCAAAAUCUGUCUUGUGAAUGGACUGUCAGCUGUUAAACUGUUCCUGUUUUAAGUGCUAUUACUCUUCUCAGUUACCAGAAUCUUGCCACUAAAGUUGCAAGUGAUCGAUAAUGGAUUUUUAACAAAUAAGUCCUUGUUUUUGAAAAAAUUCAAAAGCAGUUAUUACUUUAUAUAAAAAUGUGUCUUGAUAAUAUUACCUAUUAAAUAUGUGUUUAUCCUGUCAAUUAAUUACAGAGCACAAUGAUUGUCAUUAGGUAUUACAUGUCCUUGGGUAUUAUAUUACUCUCUUACUGGGCACAGAAGCAGUUUCUGCUCCAGAACUCUCUCCACUGUAUUUCUACAUUGUGAGUCCUUUUACGUUAAAUGGAAAAUACAAAUUUAUAGUAACUAUGAUGUAUCAAGAAUUUUCAAUACUCAUCUUUUACUAAGAAGGAACUUUUGAAUAUGCUACUUGGACUUUCCCACUGAAUGGCAGAUGCCUUUGGGGAUGACACAAUCUGUCUCAUUUCAGAGGGUCUUCAAAGGACCCUGCCAUGGAUAUCCAUGCAUUUCUCAAAGGUUUUACUCCUCAACAGACAAAUAAAGUUGAAAACAACUACACUCAACAAACACCAGAUGUUCUGCUCCAAUAUGAAUUUUUAAUGUAACCAUGUUGACUUUGUGAUACUGCCAAUAAACUCUUAAUAUUAAAUAUUGA